AGUUUAAGUCUCUCCUGACUGAAUUAGAAGAGUCUCAAGCAUUUGUGGUUCCUUUUGAUCACAUCUCUGAAAGAUGUGUGUCAUUCCCUCUUCCAGCCAGCUGUGAGGGGACUGCCCUGUGUCUCUAAGGGGGUAGGCUUGUGUGCACGUGUCGUUGUGCGCGCAUUAAUGUGUGUGUGAGAGAGAGAGAGAGUGCUUGUUGUUGAGGGAGAAACUGCUCGGUGUGAUGGCGCUUUUGCAUGAGUACUUUUGCGAAUAGGAGAGUUGGGCGCAGUUGUUUUGUGGGACUCAAAGGGGAAUGGCCAACUCGGUGGGUACUCUUGGGAACAUCUGACUGAAUUGGCUGAAGAUAAUUACAAUGGCUGAGCCUGAGGCUAUCUGUUGCACUUUAUUGAAUUGCACCUGUGACAACUUUAAACCUGGGAAGAUGAAACGUCGGCAGUGUGAAAACUGCAAGCAUGGCUGGGUUGCACAUGCUCUUAGUAAACUGAAGUUACACCACAUGUAUCAGAACGGCCAGGUGGAGAUCGUGCAUUCCAAUGUGGUGUUUGACAUCUGCAGCAUGAUGCUCUAUGGGACCCAAGCUAUUCCCAUACGCCUGAAGAUUCUCUUGGACCGCCUUCUUUCAGUUCUCAGACAGGAAGAGGUUAUCAAGAUUCUUAAUGCACUUGACUGGACACUACAGGACUACAUACGCGGAUAUAUACUCCAGGAUGUAGCAGGGAAAGUACUGGAUCGUUGGUCCAUCAUGACAUUUGAGGAGGAGAUUGCCACCCUACAGCAGUUUCUGCGCUUCGGUGAGACCAAAUCCAUCGUGGAGCUCAUGACAAGAGAAGACAAGGAAGGACAAGCAGUACUAGUUCCCAGCACUUGCACCAUCUCAGAUAUUCACACUUUAAUUGAACGAAAUACUCCAUGCCCUCCUGCCAACUUGUCUACAAUCAAAACAGAGAAUUUGAAAGAUUACAACAUUCACCACUUUGAGACUUUCAUGAAAAGCAUGGCCUUUAUGCUGCCUUUCCAUCUGUUAAAUUCUAUUCCAGCUCCAUUUCUUGGCUCCCCAGCAGGUACAUGCCAGCAGCUUCACCAACAUUACCAGCAGACAUGCCAAGGGUCAGUAGAGCAUCAGAGUCAGAACCAAGAUGAUCAAGAAGAGGACAAUACAGUCACUGAGUACCCCCUCCAUCUUCCAUAUUCAGCAGACAGCAGCCAUAUGGCUUCCAGCUCCGUCGCAUUCACUGGUUUUCCAGGCAAAGCGAUGGAAUAUCUUUCCUCAACAAAGGUUAAAGUGGAAGAUUUUUCAACCCACGCCAACUACUCUGAUGGACCCUCGAAACACUGUAUGACCUCUGAUGCAAUUCAAAUGUUAUCUUUUGGUCAGAUGUGUGAUGGAAACAUUGGAUUGGGCAUUUCAAAAGGAAGUGGGUGUGGAGGAUCCCUGAAGAAGGGCCGUGUGUUUUGCAGUGCCUGUGAGAAGACGUUCUAUGACAAAGGUACACUGAAAAUCCAUUACAAUGCAGUUCACCUUAAGAUCAAGCACAAGUGUACAAUUGAAGGAUGCAACAUGGUAUUCAGUUCACUGCGUAGUCGCAACCGCCACAGUGCCAAUCCUAACCCACGACUUCACAUGCCCACGAAUCGCAACAAUCGAGACAAAGACAUGCGAGACAACUUACCUCCUGAGGAAUGCUAUCCUGGAGAGAAAAUGUCAGAAUACGUCACAUCUAUUCCAAUCUCCUCGGCAGAAAGUCACCAAUCAGUUUCCAGCUACAUGGUGAAACGAGUGGAUGGUGGCCUAAGGAUUAACAUCAGCUCUUUCCCCAGUAGAGGACAGAAGGGUAUUCUUUUCCCAAAUGGAAAGACAGUGCAGCCAGUCCUGCCUUUCUACCGCAGCAGUGUUACACCGGCAGAACUUGCCAACACCCCAGAAACUAUACCCUCACUGCCUUCACUGUCAUCUUCGGUGUCUGUAAAACCUACCACAGUUCCUACAAUCUGCAAUGCUGACCCCGUACCCAAAAAAAAGCCUCGAAAGUCAAGUAUGCCGAUUAAGAUAGAAAAGGAGAUGUUGGAGCAAGAUGAGCAGAUUGAUAAGGGGAGUAACUUUGAGCAGGACCAUCCUUUACUGAAUGGAGACAAAGAAUUAUGCGGGUGUCACAUAGCAGAAGGGAAUAUUAUUUACCUGGGAGGUGGCAUUGAGCACGAAGAGAAAAUUGUGUAUUUUGAUGAGGAUCAAGAAAGGAAGUGUAGCAAGUGUUUGUUGGACCAAACCACAGGGAUGUUCAAGGAUGAGCACAAAAAUGAAAACUUACAGCAAGGGGAAACCGCAACCACCAUGAGUUCAUCCUCUCCUUUAAAAAACAAGUUUAUCAAGAGCCUUUGCGACAACCGAUUGGCCAGUCAGGAACCAGGCUUCAAUGAGGAAAUUGAUGAAAAAGAAUGGAAAAAUACGCUACAUGAACAUCAUCAAGUUUCCAAGAUGAAGUGGCGUGAGCACACACUGACUAAUGGGAAUGCACUUCAACUUUCAGAGCACAAGAAAGAACCCACUGAGUCCUGUGUAGAUUGUCAUGACAACUCAAGUUUGUCAGACUUUGACCCCUCUGCUUACCAGUUUCCCCAUUGUGAGAUUUGUGGAAAGACUUUUAAGAACCACGACGGAGUCAAGAUGCACUACCAAAAUGUGCACCUGAAGGAGCUGCACAUCUGCACAGUGAAUGGCUGCAGUGCAACAUUUCCCUCACGCAGGAGCAGAGACCGACAUAGUGGAAAUCUCAACCUUCACCACAAGCUGAUGACCAAAGUCCAUGAAAACAAAACAAAACUCCUCUACACUCCCUCAACUCACUGCCAAGUGAGAGACUCUGUUGCCAGGAACCACGACCAGGAUCUAUCAGACAAAGCUCUGUCUUUUCAAGACACAACCUGCCAGAACUCCGUGAUCUUCAGAGGACACAAUCACAUGGGUUUGGUGUACGCCAUCAGAAAAAAUCCUUUACCUUUAGAACACAAUGAAACAUUUCACGAAGAUGGCAUUCCGGGAUUAAGAGGGGAAAGCGGUGAGGAUGGGAUCGAUGGGAUCGUACUGGAUCUAAGCACCUCUUCCUAUGCUCCAAAUCACUGCACCAGCAGUGGUCGAUCCUGCUGGGACUCAGAUGGAGUUGACCAUGAGGAAGGAAAUGGGGCAGAGGAGGAUGUUGCGGCGCUCCAUAUGGAGGACAGUGCUGAGAGCUGUGAUGUAGGUAUAGAGAGGCCUCAAGGAGGCACAUUGCUGCAUGGGGGAAGCGAGAUCUUGAUUUACAGUGGUGAGGCACAGAAUGGACUUCCGGGAGGAGAAAGUGAGUCGCCAAUAACCUGCCAUUUGUGCCAAAAAGUCUACUGCAACAAAGGGACAUUCAGGGCCCACUACAAGACUGUGCAUCUCAAAUUGCUUCACAAAUGUAAAGUUCCUGGGUGUUACAUGACAUUUUCUUCAGUACGCAGCAGAAACAGGCAUAGCCAGAACCGAAACCUCCACAAAAAGCUGGUUGUUACCACAGGUGCAUCUCUGGACCAGGGAUAGUGGUUGUGGCAGAAUUCAUUCUGUCUGCUCAUACUUAUGUGGUUCAUUUUUAGAGCAACUGUGAGGCUCACCGAUUUGAACUUUUAAGUGUAGUCUACCUUGCCAAAUGUUUCGGGGAAAGGAAAACGAUGAAAAUAUAAUUGUCUGUGUAAAAAGAACAACUGAACAACACAUGUGCCAGUGCAAAUCUUGUGCACUUAAAAUGGUCCAAAUUUCAAUACACAUAAAAUUGCAGAAAGAAAUGGCACGCACGCACACACACACACACACACACACACACACACACACACACACACACACAUUAUAUAGACGUCCAUCCAUCCUUUUUCUAAUUUGCUCAUCCCCAGGAGGGUCGCAGUUGUGCUGAAGUCCAUACAACUAUCUUGAGGCAGUUGGCAGAGUUUACCCUGAACUGAUUGCCAGCUAAUCGCAGGGCACACAGAGACGAACAACCAUUUGCGAUCACAAUCACACUUGUGACAAUUUCGAGUGAUCCAUGAAUCUGUUAUGCAUGUUUUAUUGGAGUGCGGGAGUACCUGGAGAAAACCCACGGAGACACCGGGAGUACAUGCAAACACCACACAGGAAGUGUGGAAUCAAACCCUGCACCUCUGCACUGUGAGGCAGAUGUGCUAACCAGUCGACCAUCAUGUUUUUGUGUGACUAUGCGUGUGCGUGUGUGGGUGUGUGUAUGUGUGUGUGUAAAGAUAUCCUGAUGUUUUUGUGUUCAAUUAGUCACAUAUUUCGUAUAAAUAUGGGCAUAAUGUAAUAAUCAAACUUGUGAAAAAAACGUUUCUCUUUCAUGUUGUUAAUUUUGACAAUAGAUUUCAAAAAAGAUCUGUUGUGGUGUUACUUGACCAGUAAUUUAUAUUAUUUGUUGUGAUAUAUAUAAGUCUUUCUUUUCAGUUCUGUUGUAUAAUACAAAUGUUGACCAAAGAUUUUUCUAAUCAUAGAUGGAUAAAAAAAAAAACCUUCAUAUGAAGGGAGGGAGUAUGCAGUAUUUAAAAAAAAAAACUUUAAAAACGUUCCACCAGUAUUCAGGCAUCAUCUCAAUUGUAAUUUAAAAAAUGCCUCUUAAAAGCACAGGUUUAUGGGAUUUUCAAAUCCCAUGGAGUGUACCAUAUUUCCAGACUACAUACCUGAUUAAAAGCCGCAGCAGCUAAAGUUAGUCAUAAAAACAAAUAUUUACAUAUACUGUAUUCCGUUUCUUAGCAACGUGUCUCCAUGUUAUAACAUGGGAUACUGUACCUGCAAAGAGAGGUUAAGAGGAUGUUCUUUUCUGAAAUUUUUAAUUAGCAUAAACACCAGUCAGUUUUUUUUUUCGAAACAAUGCUGAACAAGGCUAGUUCCAUGGUUGAAAUUCGUUAGAGAGCUUGUGCAGUCCUCUUCACCACACUGUAGUCCAAGCCUUUCGAAGUUCACGAGAGUUGUUAUGAAUAAAUGGGGCCAGCAGAUUCACUCCAUAAUAGUACAAGUUUCGAAUUACUGUAGUAAAUGUUUUGGCCAAAGGGAAAAUAGUUACAAAUGCCAGGGCACUAAUCUCAUGGCUAGCACCAAUGUUGUGUAUCGCAUGUAGGGAGUUUUAAACACUCUUUGGCUGACUUUAAAAUUUUUUUGGCCGAAGAUAUCAUCAUACAGGUCUCACACUGAAUUAUGCAAAUGACUGACAUGAAUAUUCAGUAUGAACACGGACUCACAUAGUUUUAUUGGUCCACUGUGGCAUACUCUGUAAUGUCAUUGGUCAGACGUGACGAGACGACGGUUAAAUCUAUUGGCGGCAUGAAUUCAUCCACAAAUGAACUUUAAAGCAUGGGGAAAAAAGUAGCGGUUCAUAGUCCAAAAAUUAUGAGUAUUCUCCUGUGUUGCACUGGUUGUCAAGUGGCCUGACUGACCGGACAAAAAAAACUUCAUGUCUGGAGGUUUGCAAUAUAUGUACUGUGAAUGCAUCAAACACUGAAAGACAAAAUAUUCAUAAAGAUAAUGCAAAUGUGUUUACACAAACAUACAGAUGUGAAAAGCCAUAAAGACAUUGGUCAUUGUAAUGUGAAUACAUAAGUGGCUUUGCUAAACUAAAUCAUACCGGUAACAAUGGUAAUUAGGGUCAUUUUAUGGCCUUCCAGGUUUUAUAAUUUAUUUUUUAAUGAAUGACAAAAAGGUCAUGUUGUUGACUAGGAUAAUUUAUAGUGCUCCUGUUACUUGUUUCUUUGUAGGUGAAUCAUUGUUUGGUAACACACAUUGUUGAUUGUAUUCUCUGUCGUUUUUUUGUUUGUAUGUUUGUUUUUUACUAGUAAGUGAAAUUAAGUGACUAUAAUUUAUUUUAUUUUUUCACCAGUUUAUUUUUAUUAACAGGACAUAGAAUAAAAAGUCAUAUAUUUGAA